AUGACUCCUCCCGCCGCCAUCUCUCCUGUCCAGCGCUCUGCUGAACUUGUGACUCCAAAGUCCAAGCUGGCUGCCGCCCCUUAUGAUGGAGCUCAGACCAAGACCGUCGCCGAGAUGCAAGGUCAAUGGGAGUCCUUCGCCUUCUCCCCUAUCCGCGAGUCCCAAGUCUCGCGCGCCAUGACCAAGCGCUACUUUGAAGACCUCGACCGCUACGCCGAGUCCGACAUCGUCAUUGUGGGCGCAGGAUCCUGCGGCCUCAGCACCGCCUACGUUCUCGGUACUCAACGUCCGGACCUCAAGAUUGCCAUCAUUGAAGCCUCUGUCUCGCCCGGCGGAGGUGCCUGGCUGGGAGGCCAGCUCUUCUCCGCCAUGGUGAUGCGCAAGCCGGCCGACGCUUUCCUCCGCGAGAUUGGCGUCCCGUACGAGGAUGAGGGCAACUACGUCGUUGUCAAGCACGCCGCGCUCUUUACCUCGACCAUCAUGAGCAAGGUGCUGCAGCUGCCCAACGUGAAGCUCUUCAACGCCACCUGCGUCGAGGAUCUCAUCACUCGCCCCUCUGCAGACGGAGUGCGCAUUGCUGGUGUUGUGACCAACUGGACUCUUGUGUCAAUGCACCACGAUGACCAGUCUUGCAUGGACCCCAACACUAUCAAUGCUCCUCUUGUUAUCUCGACCACCGGCCACGACGGCCCAAUGGGUGCUUUCUGCGUCAAGCGUCUCGUCAGCAUGGGCCGCAUCGAGAAGUUGGGCGGCAUGCGCGGCCUCGACAUGAACAAGGCUGAAGAUGCCAUUGUCAAGAACACCCGUGAGGUGGUGCCCGGCCUCAUUGUUGGAGGCAUGGAGCUUUCUGAGAUUGACGGUGCCAACCGUAUGGGACCUACCUUCGGCGCCAUGGUUCUUAGCGGUGUCAAGGCCGCGGAGGAGGCUCUCAACGUCUUUGGGAUUCGCCGCCAGGAGAACGCCAUCUAA